AUGAAGGCCGCUGAGGAAACCGAGAAGAUGUUGAAGAAGGCAUUCGAAGAGGCACCUACUGUAAUCACCAGAGCUACUGCGGCGUAUGAUGGCGCCGAGAAUGCCUCCAAGAGUGCCGCGCUAGUGACGCAGCUCCUGGAGAAGGCAUUGACCUUUGUUGAACAGGAAGGAAAGGCGGAACCGGUGAUAGUUACAGAAGCCCCGCCUGUCGCACACCCUUACACAGACAUAAGGCACCGAGAGUCGCACAACAAUUAUCCUGAAGAGACUCAGCUCAGCGAUAAUUCCACUGCCGUCCACCACUCUGAACAGCAGGAGCCCCCCAGCCCACCUGCAGAUGUGGUGUGGCCUUCAGCUCCUGCAGGGCACCCGCAAUCCCCGGAGCCAAUCGGUAAUGGCUCAGACCCUACGGAAAUAAAGCCUAGGGAAACCUCUCUGACGGCAGUGGGUGGGGCCACCGGGGCUGCCCCAGAGACGACGGGCGCCACCCCCGCCACCCCACAGGAACACAAUGCCGCAGACAAGAGUAAAGACACUGACGCUGCUGGUGCGAAUUCGCCCGACAGCACUGCAGACGUCACCCUGUGUGAUGUUUGGAGUGCGGACGGCAGCGUCGGUCCUUCGCGGGUGCGCACACCGUUGCUGCUGGUGGUGGGUGUGUUGGGUCUCCUGGCUGCGUGCUGA